AUGGACUCGUGGCGCUAUUCAACACUGAUUGAGAGGUCAGCCACAAUCCUCGGGGCGGUCUUCAGCUUCAUCUGUUCAAUAUUUCCCGUGGCUUCGGUCAUCGUGUACGCUGAGAUCACAGGUCUGAUGAUUAAGAGGCACAAUGAGAAGAGCGUGGAAGGAAAUACUAUUGUACUCAAUGUGUUCGGCGGGGGAAGAGUCGUAGGCGAGAGUAACCGCACCGAACACAUGGACGCGCUAGUAGAUGACUCCGUGUCUUACUUGAAAGUCAGCGUCAUCAUCAUGGCACUACAAAUGAUUACAGCAGCUACCUCCCUCACUCUAACAAACUGGGCAGCGAUGAGAAUGGCUUGCAGAUUAAGGUUUAAUCUUCUACGGUCUGUUUUGAGCCAGGAAAUUGCAUAUUUCGACACAAAUACUUCUAUGAAUUUCGCGACUACUUUAACAGAUGACGUAGAAAAGCUGAAGAACGGUGUCGGUCAACAUGUAGCUAUGACGACGUACUUGGCUAGCAGUGUAGUAGUGUCAUCGGUAGUAGCGCUUGCGUACGGAUGGCAACUCACUUUGGCUGGGAUGGCUGUAAUACCAGUAGCUUUAUUAGCUGUCAGCACUGUUACCAAGUAUCAAACCCGUUGUUCUUCAGACGAGGUUUCGUCUCUCGGAACAGCUGGUAGGAUUGUGGAGCAAGCUUUAUCAGCUAUACGGACGGUACGAGCAUACUCCGGCGAGCACGUAGAAGUUGACAAAUAUUCGAAAGCCCUUGCUCCAGCCAGAAAGGCUGCGAGCCGUCGCAGUGUUUGGGCGGGCUUAGGAGCUGGGGUUGGCUGGUUCCUCACUUUCUUAAUGAACGGAGUGAUUCUUGUUUACGGAACAGCUCUGUGUGUGAGAGAUGAAGAAGAAGGACAUUAUCAUCCGGGCAUCAUGAUUACUAUUAUGUUCUGCACGUACACGGCAUCCCAGCACAUAACUCUCUGCAACCCUCAUAUAGAAGUGUUCUCACAAGCGAAAGGCGCUGCGAAGAGUCUGUUCAAGAUUAUGGAGAGGAAGUCAAAGAUCAAUGCUUUAGAAGACAGUGGAACGAAACCUGAAGGCUUCAAAGGGAAUAUUGUGUUUGACAACCUGUACUUCAACUAUCCCUCGAGGCCUGAUGUAAAGGUGUUGCGAGGACUUUCUCUGACAGUAAAUGCAGGUGAAACGGUAGCAUUAGUUGGUGGAUCUGGCUGUGGAAAAUCAACUCUUCUGCAACUCCUACAACGAGCCUAUGAACCUGACAGCGGUCAAAUUUUCUUGGAUGGACACAAACUGGAUAGCUUGCUCUUACAUCACUAUAGAAGAAGUAUCGGUGUCGUUGGCCAGGAGCCGGUACUCUUCAGUGGAACAAUCAGAUACAACAUCACCAUUGGACUCGAAAAUGUGUCAGAAUCUGACAUGAUAAAAGCCGCUCAGAUUGCGCAUGCGCAUCAAUUUAUUAUCAAACUUAGUAACGGCUACGACACGAUUCUCGGUGAGAGUGGAGCCCAAUUGUCUGGUGGACAGAAACAAAGGAUCGCUAUAGCUCGAGCUCUUGUCAGGAAACCAGCUGUGUUACUGCUUGAUGAACCUACUUCAGCUUUGGACCCGGCUUCAGAAAGACAGGUCCAAGCAGCUUUGGAUUCUGCAAGCCAAGGCAGGACCACACUAGUCGUUUCACACAGGCUGUCGACUAUAGUGAAAGCAUCCCGUAUAGUUUACGUGGAACAGGGAGCUGUUCUUGAACAAGGAACUCAUGAAGAACUGGUUGAGAAGAAGGGAGCGUAUUGGAAACUGUUGCAGGAAGACAUGACGCACAGAAGUGUUGCCAAUUUGACAGCAGAAGAAGUGGAUGACGAGGUGGUAGAAGAAACUAUUACCAAGAGAAGUAGAGUCAGAAGAAACAGCAGUAUGUGUUCCAUUAAAACAGUGAGUUCUCUCCGUGAAAGCAUCAUCGGCGGUAAUCGUCGCUUAGGGUCCAUAGCUAUACCAGAGUUACCUGACUUGUUUUACGAGGAAGACGAGGAGCCAGUGGAACCGGUGUCCAUGUGGAAGUUAAUAUCUUUCAACAGAGAGGAGCUACCUCAGUUAGCUGGUGGAAUACUAGCGUCAUUAAUCAUCAGUUGCAGUUUUCCAGCCUUCGCGCUUCUUCUGUCCAAAAUGUUCGGGAUAUUCGCUGAUGCUGAUUCAGAGACAAUACUCCAGCAAUCACAAAUCUACGCGGCUAUGUUUGCGUGUUGUGCUGUCUUGAGUGGACUCAUAACAUUCAUUCAGACCUGGCUUCUGGGAUUGGCUGGUUCAAAACUAACCAACAGACUUAGAACUCUCACAUUUAAGAACUAUUUGGAACAGGAUCAAGGAUGGUUUGACAUUGCUAAGAAUUCAGUGGGCUCGCUGUGUGCGCGACUCGCUACAGACUGCGCUGCUGUUCAACGAGGGACUGGUACCGGUUUGGGUGUGAUGUUACAAGGAUUUGGGACCAUGUUCCUAGCUGUAGUGAUCGCUAUGGCUUACUCCUGGAAAAUAACGCUCGUCAGUCUUCUGUGCAUGCCCUGUGUGACAGUGAGUAUGUUUCUGGAGAGCUGGGCGUCCAGGAAGUGUGAGGAAAAGGACAGAGAUGAGCUCGAAGAUGCGUCACAACUGGCUACGGAGGCUGUACUCAAUAUACGAACAAUACACAGCUUGGGUGUUGAACGCACGAUACUGUCGCGUUUCUCCGAACAGUUACAACGGACUUCCACGUUGACUCUGUACAUGCGUGGUCCGGUGUACGGUAUAUGUAUGGCCGUGCCGAUGGUUGGGUACGCUCUCUCACUAGCAUACGGAGGAUACCUGGUGGCCAGAGAGGGCUUGCCGUAUGAAUACGCUAUAUUGGUGUCUGAAGAACUGAUUUUCGGUUCAUGGAUGUUUGCGGAAGCGUUAUCCUACGUGCCAACAGUGCUCGCCGGUAAACGGGCGAGCGCCAAAAUCAUCAGCGCCUUGGAAAGAAAACCUAAAGUUAUCACGGAACCCACCGCUGUAGAUGACGAUUGGACUUCCACCGGUAAUCUGAAGUUCUCCAACAUACACUUCUACUACCCAACUCGUCCUGAGACGACGGUGUUGAGAGGUCUCUCCCUGGACCUGCCCGCGGGUCGUACGUUGGCAUUAGUUGGACCUUCGGGCUGCGGGAAGUCUACCAUCAUGCAUCUUCUAUUGAGGAGUUACGAUCCUGUCAGCGGUAAUGUGACGCUAGAUGGCAGGGAUAUAAAAACGUCUCUGACAUUGAAGAAGCUACGUAGUCAGUUGGGCCUGGUGCAGCAGGAACCUGUGAUGUUUGAGAGGAGCAUCAGAGAGAAUAUAGCAUACGGAGACAAUACUAGAGAAGUACCAAUACAAGAGAUAGUUACUGCUGCACAAAUGGCUAAUGUUCACGCCUUCAUAGCCGGCCUACCAUCGGGUUACGAGACCGUAUUAGAAGCUGGUAGUGCUGCCCUGUCUGGAGGUCAGAAGCAGCGUGUGGCCAUCGCCAGAGCUCUCAUCAGGAACCCUCGAGUCUUACUACUUGAUGAGGCAACUUCAGCUUUAGACGCUGCUAGCGAGAAGGUUGUCCAAGCUGCUUUGGAAGUGGCUUCCAAAGACAGAACCACCAUCAUCAUAGCACACAGACUCGCCACAAUCAGACAUGCUGACCUUAUAUGUGUAGUGGACAAAGGUGUUAUAGCUGAGAGUGGUACGCACGAAGAAUUGGUUCGCAAACGUGGUUUGUAUUGGGAGUUAUUACAGCAACAGGGACCGACCGGGGCGUGA